CGUAAGCUCCUCGAGGUGAACAAGUUAAAAAGGAAACAAGCCAACAUGACCCUCUCUUCCUCCUCCUCCUCUUCCUCCUCCUCUUUUCCUUCCUGCUCCUCCUUCCUGCGCUUCCUCCUGCUCCUCUUGGCUACGGCGGCGGCGGGGGAAGCCAUGCCGGAGCUGCUGGGGGGCCUCGCGCAAACUUACGGGCCCCCGCAGAACAACUUCGCUGCCCCGGCACCUGCCCCUGCCCCGCCUGCAUUCCGCCCCAUCGCUGGCCCGGCGAGACCCGCACAGAGCCAAAACAACUUCUUCCCCGCAGUGAAUGAGUUCCCUCAGGCCCCUAGGGUACCGUCAGGACUCUACGACACGCCCUCCUUCGACGACUCCUUCAAUGAUCCUGUGGCCACGUGUAGUCCCCAGACCUCAGUGUCCGUGCUUACUUCGACCAGCUUUGUGCCAACGACGGUGAUUCAGACCCGUACCCGCGCCCUGCCCACUACAGUAUACUCGCAGGUGACGCAGACGCAGUACUUCCCAUCUACGGUGAUACAACAGCAGGUGGUGACGUCUGUGGCGCCCCCUGUCAUUCAAACCCAGACUGAGGUGGUAAAUAACGUGCAGUACGUCACAAGGGCAAGAUACUUCACCGUCACCUCUUACAUCACCGACACGCGGCUCCAGUACGUAACACAGACGCAGACUCAGACUCAAUUCCAGACACAAUUCCAGACAACCACGCAAUUCCAAACACAAUUCCAAACACAAUUCCAAACAGUCACCUCUACGCAAUUCCAGACGCAGUUCCAGACGCAGUUCCAGACACAAUUCCAAACGGUCACCAGAACACACACACAAUUCCAGACGCAGUUCCAGACACAGAUCCAGACACAGUUCCAGACGCAAUUCCAGACAGUCACCACCACGCAAUUCCAGACACAAUUCCAGACGCAGUUCCAGACGCAAUUCCAGACCACCACAGUAUUCCAGACGCAGGUACGCACCGAGACUCGCUUCAGCACACAGGUACAAUACAUCACCCAGACGCAGCAAGUCCCCCAGAUCGUCACUCAAACGCAAUUCGUCACCCAGACUCAAUUUGUGACGCAGGGACAGUCUCAGGUCAUCACGCAGACUGUCACCACCACCCAAUUGCAACAGCAGGUGGUGACACAAACCCAGCAGGUGACCCAGUACGUGACGCAGACGCAGCAGGGACAGGGGCAGGUUCAGUACGUGACGCAAACUGUGACGUCAACGCGCAUUCAGCCUCAGUAUGUGACGCAGACUGUGACGUCCACGAGGGUACAGGCGCAGUACAUGACGCACACGCAGCAGGUUCCUUCCUACGUGACGCAGACGAUGACGGUGCAAGGGAACUGUGGGGCGCAGUCCUUCCCAGUGAGUACUACAAUGAUGGCUGGGUAUUACUGAUCGCCGCUGCCUCUCACUCAGUCACGCAGUUAGUCAGUCAGUCAAGGGUUUCAGUUCAAUUCUUCGUCUUUAAUCUCCACCAAAGAGCUUUCAUUAAACUGUCAGUCAGCAAAGUGUUUAUGUACAAGGCAAUGUUUCAGUUUCUCAAUUCAGUCUGCUUUUCGUUCAUAUUCUCAGUUCAGUUCAAUUCAGUCUGUUUUUCGUUCAUAUUCUCAGCAGUCUCCACCAGAAUGUUAUCGUGGUAUUGUCAGUCAAGAGAGAUUGUAUUUUUUGUCCUUUCAGUCAGUUAGACAGUCAGUCAGUCAGUCAAUCCAUUAGUUAUGAAUAUGACUAAUAAGAGAAAGGGAAUACAGGAUGACUUUCUAUUUCUUCCUGUCAUCUCAUCAAACAUUCUUUUAUCUCCUCCCUUUUUCUCACUCUCUCCCUCCCUCCCUCCCUCCCUCCAUUCUCCCUUCGCUCUCCGUCCUUCCUCCAUCAUUAUCCUUCCUUCUUAAAAUCAUUCACUUUAUUUCUUUUUCAUCUACCUCUCUUGAGCUUCUUCACCCUCCUUGUUCCUCCCUCCUUCAUCUUCUCCCUCCUUCUUCCCUUCGUUCCUUCACCUUUCCGCGGUGUAGGAGGUCACAGCGAAGGGCGUCCUGAGGGAGUUUAAUGAAGGGAGCACCCGAGACACACCCCGCCGUAGGGAAAAUGUUUAAAGUGGUUUGUUAUUGUCUCUAAAAAAAGUUCCCAGCCGAUCCAGCAGGUUAAAAAAAAUAUAUAAAGGCUGGUGGAGAUAAAAAAAACAAAAAAACAAAAACAAAGGAAUCUCUCUCUCUCUCUCUCUCUCUCUCUCUCUAGACUGACUGGUAGCUUUACAAUCACAAAUCUACCCUUAAAUUAACCUUAAGAAUCCUGUAUAACUAUUUUUCUUAAUCAAUGUAUAUUUUUCUAGUAUUGUUAAUAUUUACCUAAGUUAAGAUUGCGCUGUUCUCGUUGUUCAUAUCGUGUGGGGUUCCUGAGGGUAAGAAUUUUAGUCCCCAGUGUUUGUACAUCACAUGGGGCCUUUAUACCUGUAAUCAAUGACAGGUGUGUGACAAGUGUAUGUACGAUUUUUCCGUUCUAUACGCCAGGUGGGUAAGGUGCUGAUUGCCUCACCUGGCGUACGGUUGCUAGUACUCAUAUUAUAAAGGCUUUUUUA